AUGAAUCCGUUCCUCGUCUUCUCUCUUCUCGUCGUGGCGCUUCGUGCCGAGAAUUCCACGACUCCACUACCAGGUACUUUCAAUAUCUGGAGAGUUGAGAACAAUCUUCUGCAGGAUGUCAAACCUGUGAUCCCAUGAAAUGGAAAAACCAAACCAUUGAGAGCGAAGAAAUCACGGCGUUCGGUCUGCAUGCAAUCUACACGUAAGUUGCGAACAAUCAAAACUUUGUCUUAAUAACCGAAAAGCCAAAUCAAAUUUGAUUAACGGUAUGGACGUUUUGUUCUUCUAUAAUUGUUUGCAAAGUCUCGUUUCAGAAUAACAGUGGUAGAUGGAUGUUUGAUUGGAAAUAUGUCCUUCACAGAUGUAACAGUUCGUGAUCCACCUGUUAUAUUCGCCAUGGUAGCAUAUCCAACGACCGACCUGAAUGUUUAUGAUUAUUUGACACCAUUCACAAGGAAUCAUACAGGAGUUGUCUUCAAAUGUAACGACCUUGGACAAUGGACAUUCAACUCGUAAUCUAAACUGAUCACAAACUAAGAGCAUUCUUACUUUUCAGAACGGUCUACGUCACUGCUAUUGACGCUUAUGAAGAGGUCACCGGAUGCAAUAUUAAUGCAAAGUGA